AUGCUACUCAGGGCUCGAGAUGUGCUGCUAGAGAGGCUUCGUGUGAGAAUCUCCGCAUUUGCUCAGGAUUGCAUGGAGAAGGAUGAUCUUGCGGAAAAGCGUGCCAAAGAACGCAAUCAGGUUCCCCCUUUGGGAAUGGCAGCCACGAACGCAGAUCGUAUCGAAGCAGAAGUCUUCGAGGCCAUCCGUAUGGGAAUGGACAAAGAAGACCCGUGCUUGUUUCCGAGCUGCAUCGAAGUCCAUUCUCGGAAAAACGCGAGACUACC